AUGUUCAUGCAAACCCUCGUCGGGUCAGCCAGAAUAUGGUUCAAUGAUUUGCCUGCCAGAGGCGUUCGAAGCUUCGAUGACCUGAGCAAGGGGUUUUUGGCUGAUUUCUCGCAGCAAAGGCGGUACGUUAAAGAUGCCACGGUGAUCUUCCAGAUAAAGCAAAGAGAUAACGAGAGCCUUCGAGAAUUCAUAGAAAGAUACAAAAAAGAAGGUCUGACGUAUGUGGGGGCAGACAAAAAGAUGAGAGUGGCCGGCUUCAUGAAUGCCAUCACCUCCAAAAACCUUACAAGGGAUUUCAACAAGUACCUGCCAAAGACCUUGGAAGAAGCUCUCGAGAGGGCUGAAGCCCACAUUAGAGGAGAGGAGGCUGUAGACAUAAAGGAGCAAAGAAAAAGGGGAUCUAGCUGGCAAGGCAACAAUCCAGCUAGAAAGAAGGGGGAUUUUCAUUACUAUGACAGACGUCAAAGGGGCUCAGAGCCACGAAGAUCUGAAGGCCGGAACCCUCCAAGUAGGGAGAAGGCCAUAAACUUUACAACCCUCACAAAAACCCCACAAGAGAUUCUUGCUACAGAGGAGGUGAAACAAAGCUUCCGACCUCUUAGACAUCUCCCAAAAAGUAAAAGGAAUGAAAAAUCCACCCAAUUCUGCGAAGUUCAUGAGGAGAAGGGUCACCAUACUAACGAUUGCUUUCAACUCAAAAAGAGGAUUGAGGAGGCCGUGAAGUCCGGAGAGCUUGCCCACUUAGUGAAGAGGGUAAGGGACAAGAUAGCCGAAGGCAAAAUUAAAGAAGUUAACAUAGUGGAUUUCAAUGGAAAGGUUCCCCACAAACGACAAAGGUUGGAAGCUUGGGAGCUUCAGUGUAUUUGCUUCCCCUCAACAGAAAGGGACCCACUCUCAAACCCUAUUGUGGUUGAGCCAACUGUGGGUACACUAAAGACAAGCAGAGCAUACAUAGACACUGGUGUAGCUACUGAAAUUAUGUUUGAAAAGUUCUUCAAUCGUUUGAGCAAUAAGGAACGUUCAAAUCUUCAACCAUCUAGGACCUCCAUAAAAGGUAUUGCUGACAUACCCCUCAAGCCUUUAGGGCAACUAACCGUCGAAGUCCGUUUCAGUGAAGGCAAGAUGGAGAUAGUUCAACCUCUCACUUUUGUAGUUAUCAAUAUACCUUCCAACUAUGAUGUUGUCACACCCUGA